GCCAGUAGAUCGUUACCAUCGAUUCCGUCGUCGAUCGCUCCUCAUCGAAUAUAAGUGCGCGCGUGUGGUUCGUGUGUGUGUACAUGUGCCAUCAUCACCGCCGUCCGCAGCAGUAACGGAAAAGAAGAGGGCUCGACCCGCAGUGGCCGGAACCACCGAAAAAUGGACGCGACGCCGCAGCGAGUUAUUUCCGGUUUGCUUUUGUUCUCUCUCGCCACAUUACACCUCGGUUACGCCAGGAACGGACCUAAUUAUUAUGGUAAAUUAAUCGGAACCCUACAAGAAUACGCACACGGCAUCAAAGGUAAAGUGUAUGCCGUUGAUGAUGCAACGAUAUUCAUAAAAGGAUUUUGCUACGACGGCACCGGCCCAGAUGCUUACUUCUGGGUUGGUAACACCAGUCAACCCAACCCUGACGGUUACAUUGUACCUUAUCCCGAGACUGAUAAGGGAAGCGAUCCACGAGUAUUGGAGGCAUACAACUACACAGACGUUAUCCUGAGGCUACCCGGAGGAAAGCGCAUACGAGACAUUAGAUGGCUGAGUGUUUGGUGCAGAAGAUUUACAGUCGAUUUCGGCGACGUUUUCAUACCGUCUGACUUGAAGGUACCGAAAUUGCAAGUACUUCCUGAAUUUUCGAGAUUGGCGCACGGCCUCCGCAGCGGCAACAUUAGUAUUCUAGACAGCAAAACGAUCUACAUUCCAAAUUUGCACUAUGAUGGUGGCGGGCCAGACGCUUACUUUUGGGUAGGCAAUGGCUCUGAACCCAGCCAUUUUGGUAUCAAAGUCCCUAAUGAACAGGGCAGUUUGGUACCAUUAAGAGGGUACCAAGGAGAGGACAUUGAAAUCGUCUUACCAGGGAACUUGACGGUGUACGACAUCAACUGGCUCGCGGUGUGGUGCGUUGAAUACAGACACAAUUUCGGGCAUGUUCUAAUUCCAAAGGACCUCGAUGUCCCUCCGGCUCUUGGCCAAACGAAAAUUACGGUAAACCAAAAUGAGUUCUCCAAUCCACCGGUCUGUUACGAUCCAAACUUUUGUGCCUCAUCCGCCGUGGUGGUACAAUCCAGUAAGUACAACGCGAUGAACGAUUUUGCCGCAUGGACGAUAAUUUCUCGUAGUGAAGUUACAUGUGAGACUUUUAUUUUGUCAGACGAGCAGUACACCGGCGCCAAAGCAGGUAACCAACUGUAA